AUGUCAACCAUGCCAAGCUCAGGCCCAAUCCAGCAUGUUCCUGCAGCUAAUUAUCAUGCUGUGGUCAAACCUUGGCCAUUUAGAGGUUGGGCCAUUGACGUAAUUGGAAAAAUUUAUCCGCCCUCUUCAGGAAAUCAUACUUACAUCUUGGUAACCACAGACUAUUUUACUAAGUGGGUAGAAGCAGUGCCAUUAAAGUCUGUGGAUCAACAAGAAGUAAUCAAGAUAGGGGUACAAUAUUUAUGGGAGAAAGGGAAUGGCCAAGCCGAGUCCACUAAUAGGACUUUGGUCAAUAUUAUAGAGAAAAUGGUGGAAAAUAAUCCAAGGGCUUGGCACGAGUUACUCUCUGAGGCCUUGUGGGCCUACAGAACUUCAAAGAAGGAAGCUACCAAUAUAACCCCUUAUAUGUUGGUAUAUGGACAUGAUCCAGUCCUACCAAUGGAAGUGGCGGUGAAAUCAGCAAGGAUAGCAUAUCAACAUGGCCUCACUCCUGCAGAUUAUACUCAGGCUAUGUUGGUAGAACUCGAAUAA